ACACCAAACAUUACACAUUCUCUUUAUAUCCAUACCUUACUCCUUUCAUCAACAACUACCAUCCUUAAUUAGUAUUAAACACACACACUACACAUUCAUUUUCAUUUACAUUUACAUAUAUACAUACAUACAUGCAUAUAUAUGUAGCUAUAGCCACCCACACUUUAUAACAAACACAUUUGGUUGUUAAAUUUGGCUUCAAGAAACUAACAACCACAAUGGGUAGUUGUGUACAAGUGAAAGCAGCUACGUUAGUCACACCUUCAGAUCCAACACACACACAUGUUCUCAAACUGUCUGCUAUCGAUUCGCAACUGUUUUUACGGUUCACUAUCGAGUACUUAUUAAUUUACGAGUUCAACGGUAUGGAAAAACAAGACAUCAUUAACCGUGUAAAGGCCGCUUUGGGUCGAGCCCUAGUCCCUUACUACCCGUUAGCAGGGCGAGUUAGGGCUCGACCAGACGGUUCGUGUCUUGAAGUUGUUUGUCGUGGACAAGGAGCGGUUUUUGUCGAAGCGACAGCCGAUUUUACCGCAACUGAUUUUGAAAGGGCCCCACGUUAUGUUACGGAGUGGAGGCGUCUUUUAGCGUUGGAAGUGGCGGAUGUGCUAAAAGGCGCUCCACCGUUGGUGGUUCAGCUGACGUGGUUGUCAGAUGACGCUGUUGCUCUUGGUGUUGGGUUUAGUCAUUGUAUUUGUGAUGGGGUUGGAAGCCUUGAGUUUCUUAAUCUUUUUGCCAAGUUGGCUACCGGCGUUCGGAGUGGAACGAUGACGUCGUUUAAACAAGAAACGACGUCGUUUAUGACCGGUUUACCGAAACCGGUCUGGCAAAGACAGUUACUCGAUCCGACGUCGUUUAAACACGACGCGGUCGAACACCCAGAGUUUAAACUUGUAACUGACCGUUGCAAGUUUAUGACUCGGUUUGAACCUGACCGACUCACCCCCACCUCGGUCACAUUUCACGAAUGGAGGCUAACCGAGUUAAAAAAUUCCAUAACUCAGACAAGUCAACUCAGAUUAAACUCAGUUACAACAUUCGAGGUGUUAUCAGCCCACAUUUGGAGAAGCUGGGCUAAGGCAUUAAACUUCCCACCGAGUCAAACUCUUAAACUUUUAUUCAGCAUCGACAUACGCAACCGAGUCAAACCGAGUCUACCCACCGGGUACUACGGUAACGCCAUCGUACUCGGUUGCGCACAAACCACCGCAAAAGACCUCACGGAAAAAGGACUAGCCUACGCUACCGAGUUAAUAAAAGAGGCGAAGAACCGAGUCGAUGACAAGUAUGUAAAAGAGGUGGUUAACUCAGUGAGUUUGACUGGGGCGAGUUGUGUACCCGACCCGGUUGGCGUACUGAUUUUAUCACAAUGGUCAAAGCUGGGUUUAGAGAGGGUUGACUUUGGGAUUGGAAGGCCAGUACAUGUGGGGCCGGUGUGUACCGAUAGGUAUUGUAUUCUGCUACCUGUACAUGAUCAUAACCGUUCAGUGAAGGUGAUGUUAGGUGUGCCGUCUGUAGCCGUUGACAAAUAUCUUGAUCUGAUCUCAGCCGUCCAAUAAAACGCCUGACUUUUUGCUAAUUUAAUUUAUAAAUUUUUAGUUGGUUAA